GAAGCGAUCGAAAAAUUUAAAGACAGACAAGACACGACAUAACAUAUAAAUUAUGGGGUUGUAGCGCUAGUUUUAAAUAACAACGUAUGUUGUCUUGUUCAAUAAAGGCAUUACUAAACUUUGCAAUGUUCUAACAUUGAAGAAGCUUGCGAGUUGAGGAAAAUCUCAAAUUAAAACACGAGUGACCGCGCUUCCGUUUGGACGUAAUGUUUGUGUGUUCAAGGUGAUAUUCAUAAUCUUAAACGAUGAACAAAUUACUGAUAAUACUUGCCGUCGUAUCCCUGGCGUUUUGCCAGGACAGUAUCUCUGGAGACUUGGAUACGGUGAUCAAGCAGGUAUUUGGUGAAAGCCCUGGGAAUCUCGGCCUGAAGAAGCCUUCAACCAUUGUGCCUCCAGUGAUGGUACGUGCUACAUCAGCCACACCAGCAUCAUGUAUAUUGAACGAUGGAUCAUCCGGCGCGUGUGUAAACAAUUAUCUGUGCAACGCAAACAAUUAUGUUAUAAAUGACGGUGUAGGCAUCAUUGAUAGAAGAGACCAACACCGACUCUGCACAUACUAUGAGGUGUGCUGUUCAUUGUCUGAUAGAAGAAAGUCUGGAGAUCUUAUAACCACAGCACCACCCGUUGAUCGGCGCGAAGGUUGCGGCCGGCGUAACCAAGGUGGCCUUGGUUUUCGUAUCACAAGUGACAGUGAUGACGAAGCGCAAUUCGGGGAAUUUCCAUGGAUGGUUGCCAUACUCAAGAUUGAGCCUGUGGAUGCAGAGGAUCCAGAAGGCAAGAAGCGGAACGUCUACGUUGGUGGAGGUUCUCUCAUUCAUCCCCGUGCAGUUCUGACAGUAGCACACUAUGUCACUGCAUCUAAAACAUUUAGAGUGAGAGCUGGGGAAUGGGACACCCAGACCACUAAGGAGAUUUACCCUUACCAAGACAGAGAUGUCUCCGAAAUCCUGAUUCACAAGGACUUUAAUAAAAGAAAUCUCUUCUACGACAUUGCUCUCCUAUUCCUUGCAUCUUCAAUGGAGUAUGCGCUGAACGUCGGCAUCGUGUGUCUACCACCACCUGGACAACGUACUCUCGCUGGAACUCGAUGCUUAGCGUCUGGUUGGGGAAAGGACAAGUCUGAAAAAGAGGGACGCUUUCAAGUUAUUUUGAGAAAGGUGGAAGUCCCAGUAGUAGAUAGACGUGAAUGUGAAACUGCUCUACGGAAAACCCGUCUGGGCGAUUUCUUUAAGCUCCACGCAUCCUUCAUGUGCGCUGGUGGGGAGAAUGGAAAGGAUACUUGUAAGGGAGACGGUGGUUCGCCACUUGUUUGCCCUGUACCGUACGAGAAAGACAGAUACAUGCAGAGCGGUAUUGUCGCGUGGGGUAUUGGGUGUGGUCAGGAUGGGACACCAGGUGUCUAUGUGGAUGUAGCCAACCUACGCGACUGGAUCGACGACAAAAUGGCCGGCAAAGGGUUUGACACUACGAUAUACACAUAUUAAAAUUAAAUAAAGUACACGAAAAAUAUUAUUUUCUUACUUUUAAACUAGAUUUUAACCAUUUCAGAUUAAUCAUUAGUGUCUGGACCAACCAACACAGGCUUUCAGAAACUAAUGAUUAAUCUGAAGCACAGAUCGGAGUCAAAUCGGAAGCACAGAAGGCUGAUCACCUACUUUCCUAUUAGAUUAACGAAUGAUUAUGAAACAGAUACAGAAACUGAGGUCCAGACUUAAAAAGGUUGUAGCGCCAUUGAUUUUUGUUCACUGGAACCUACACAAAUUUUGGCCAUGCAUCCAUAUAAAUAAAUGAAUAAUUAAA